AUGAGGGCUCGAUUCGACGCAAACAAGGAAGAACAAGAUACGAGGAAGUCUCAACUGCUAUUGGCUGAUGGAUGUCGACAACUUUGGGAAAAGCGCCACUUUAAGCCCUUCCGAUUUGCAAUGGAUCCCGGAGGUUCUUCCUACGAUCGUGAACGGGAGUCGAGGGACGACAUCUUGGACAGUACGCAAUGGACACUACCAGAGAAAGAACAAUUCCCGUACUACUUCAAUCGCCGUGAGCAACGCAAGAAAGAAUUGCUUCAGCAUUGGUCCAAGAUUGAGAAGGACUGGGAUGAGCAAAUCUCAUCGAUUCAAACGAAACUGCCUGACGAGAAAACGAUUCAGAAGAAUUAU